UGCCAAUUUCAACGCUAUUACAUUUUCAACGUUGUGACAGUUUAAUAGUUAGAAAAACAAACUUGUUUACUUUGCCAAAAUUUGGAAGCCUCCGAGGCAGCACUCCGAUAUCUUUGACGACUGGCAGAAACUUGACAAUCCGAAAAAAAUUUAGCAAGUUUUUGAAACCGGGGGUAGCACUUAUUUUAGGUUAAUUGUUGACAGUUUUCUUACUUAUACAAACAAGUACAAAACUGGCUCUAGUACGACCUGGCCCUUAGUAAUAUUUUGGCCGAAAUUUAAGCCCUUGAGCUGGUAAAGAGACAUUCACGGCGUAAAGGCAAAAAGCGAAUUGAGCGUUUUAUAUUCUCAAAACACUGAUGUCAUAUAUCUUCGCAGGAUGUUCCGUCAGCGCAUUCAGGAAGUUGACUUCCUGGGAGUCUCUGGACGAGUUCACUUCAAGAACGGAGAUCGUUUGUCCAAUAUUCUCAUCAAACAGAAGUUCGCCUCACACUCCGUGGCUAUUGGUCAGUUUGUUCAUGCCCACGAACAAAAUGAAACAUACGCAGGAGGUCUGGAGUGGGAUCCCGACAAAAUCACGUGGGCCACAGAAGGGGUACCACGUGAUCUUUUGCCUGAACCUGACCCGAAGGCGAUAUGUGGAGUAGAAAAUUUGAGAAGAGCUUUGGAUGUUUCUUGUAACGUGGCUAUCAUUGUUGCUGUUGUUAUCGCAUUGGCAUCUGUGUCCAUAGUCCUGAUAUUUGUGGUGUGGAUUCUGAAAGGAAGAUAUUCUUCAAAGUACCGCAACACUAAAAAUCGUCUGCGUGAGCUCGGUCUGCUAGAUUCUAACUUCACAGGCUCCAUAUUCACCUUGGAUGAGUGGGAAAUACCGAGAGAAAAACUCAUUUUAAACAGAAAGCUGGGCGAGGGAGCCUUUGGAGCAGUGUUUGGCGGUGAAGGCCUGGGACUCAUGGGAUCUGCCGUCUCGGUCCCAGUAGCUGUCAAAACUCUCAGAGUUGGAGCAACAAUUGAAGAUAAGGUAGAAUUUCUUAGUGAAGCAGAUAAGAUGAAGCUGUUAUCUCAUCCCAAUCUCGUUAAACUCCUUGGGGUAUGCACCACAGGCGAACCAGUAUAUAUUAUUAUGGAACUUAUGAUUCACGGUGACUUGAAGAGCUUUCUCCUAGCACGACGUCGCUUAGUGGAUCAGCAGGGGUCUCCAGAGGCAGAUGAUGUCACACCUCGAAGGCUGACGAGUAUGGCGCUGGACAUAGCUCGCGGGCUUCAGUACAUUACAGAUAUGAAAUUUGUUCACAGGGAUCUCGCUUUACGAAACUGCAUGGUGGGCUUUGGAAACGCAAUCAAGAUUGGAGAUUUUGGACUGGCACGGACUCUACAACAAAAUGAUUACUACAGGUUUCAACGAAAAGCAAUGUUGCCCGUUAGAUGGAUGUCACCAGAGUCCAUUAGAGAGGGCUUAUUCACUCCGUGUACUGACGUUUGGUCGUAUGGCGUCACACUCUGGGAGCUGUCUACGAUCGGAGGCUUUCCUUAUCAAGGAAUGUCUAAUGCCCAGAUCCUGGAGAGGGUUGAGCAGGGCUGUACGUUAGAAAUACCGCAUCAGUCGAGCUUGGAAAUGGCCUCUUUACUUCGGAAGUGUUGGCAUCAAAACCCAGCUCUGAGACCGAAACCCUCAGAGAUUGUUAAAACACUGAUUGAAAACCCAGAGCUUGUGCGCGCAUGCGUUGAUGUGCCUGGCACCACUCUCCUGGACAACAGCUUGGAGAAUUUCGACUUCAGAAACACUCCAGCGCAUGCGCGUGGAGGCACGGAGAGCCCGCAGCCAAGCCAUUCGACGAGUCCUGAGCACGUGAGUAGCACCUUGGCUCUAACAGCCAAAGAACGUGAAGACCGCGUGAUCAGAAAACAUAGCGUCAAGCCGAGAGCAGAGAGGACAAAACGACAUCCUGCUUCGCUAUGGAGGAAAUCGUCGGUGUAUUUUUAAAGAAGUAUUUUUUUAAUUGGAAUUUCGUUUGCUUGGAGGAAAAUAUAUGAAAGUAAACACAUUCGCUAAAUUAUUUUUCGUAGAUAAGUCUGACAGUCGAUGACAAAUGGACAUAAUUUGAUGGGGAUUUAAUACAAAAUUAACUGCACUUUAUUUAGUUGAGAGUAAUUACCAGUAAUGAAGUUAAAGGUUUGAAUGGAUGUGCCUGAAGAACGCUAUCAAGAUCAUAAUAUGACGAAACUUUUCAAACAUUUUGCAUUUUUGUGUAAAAUAUCCAUUCAUAGGGAAGUAUUGAAUGAUGAUUUAAAUAGAUAUCUUUUAGACAAGUUUUAAACGUUCCUGUUAAGAUACAAUCUCAACUUACGUAAACCGGAAGUCUUUCAUGAAGACCGGAAGUAGUUGCACAGGGAGCCCUCACAUUUGUUUAGAAUAUGAAUAAAAGAUCAACCUACCUUUAUCGCGCGUGUUGUGUUUGUGGCGGAGCCGUUUUGAAUUUUAAUUACGCGCGCGGUCUGCUAGUGCGAGGUCUGGAACCGACGCCCGCUCGGAGCUCUAAGAAAGUGACAAGGGAUAAAACUGAUCAUGACGUUCCGAAUUUCGCAUUAGUUCGAGGGAAAUUUACUUCGUAAUUUGCCGAAAAUUACUCUGUGGGAAGAAGAAGAAGCAUUAAGCUUAAUAUGUCUAAGCUCAUUUAGCCCAAACAUCCAGAAGGUCUGCGAUAUUUUGUGGCGUUGUUUUAAACUACCCGCUUUCGCACUGUCUCUGCCACUUGGGGGCCACGGAAGUCAGAAAGGCGAAAAGUUAGUUGAUUGACAGAAUCGAAGCGGAAGUGAUAGUGUCGCUUGUUCUGAUUGGUGAGUAUUAAUUCCCGAAGUUUGAUGAUUUUAUUCCGGGAAAUAGAAUGCUGCCACAAGGCCGAAAGAGUUCUCAUUUCGUUUAUGUUUGUUCCGCUACGCACGAAGCGAAGGCGGGGACGCGACUGAGGGAUCGGUGCUGUUAACUA